GGCGCGGCCGCCCUGGGCUGGGAAGACGCUGUGGGCCCAGGUGGCAUCAGAACCCACAGGAGGGAGGCAGCUGGCCCAGGAGGGGCCGUGGCAGGCCUUUGGGGAUCGCGAGAGUCGACCCCAUCCUCCCUGAAACAAGGUCGAAGGUUGAGGAGGUCCCUGCCCGGCCCCGCAGCUGACAAGGCGAGAAGCCGCACCUGCCGGGGUAGGGACCGCGGGGUGGGCUCGGGCCUCCGUGGGGCCGGCACAGGGACCCUCUCCUCUCAGGGCCUUGGCCCUCAUCCCCGGGCACCGGGACUCACAGGCGGAUGGGACCAGGUGGGGACCAGGGUGUGAAGGGGAAGGAAGCCGGGUGGGUGGAACGGGGCCGGAUGCGGGGGUCGUGGGGGGCCGCGGGGAAGGGACCUUGUGAUGCAGGAGACGGAGGGGGCUGGUGACGGAGGACGGGAGGCCGCGAGGAUGGGGAAUGGGGACGUCCUUUUCCCCUCCCACUGGCUCACCAGGGAUGCGCCUCCGCGACUGCCCGCCCCAAUCCCAGGGCGGAGGCCUCGCGCAAAACCCAGGCGCCUCGGCUCCGAGCUCCGGCUGAGGGUCUGCGCCGCCGCCCGCCCGCUCCUUCCCGCUCGGCCGCGGCCCCUGGGCGGAUACUCCGGCGCGCGGUUCCAACCAAGGUCCGUGGCGGGUUUGACUCCACCAAGAUGAACUGGGCACCCGCGACGUGCUGGGCUCUGCUACUGGCGGCCGCUUUCCUCUGCGACAGCGGCGCAGCCAAGGGCGGCCGCGGAGGGGCGCGGGGCAGUGCCCGGGGAGGGGUUCGCGGGGGCGCGCGCGGGACCUCGAGGGUGCGCGUGAGGCCGGCGCCGCGCUACGGCGCCCCUGGCUCCUCCCUGCGCGUGGCUGCGGCAGGGGCGGCGGCUGGGGCGGCGGCGGGAGCGGCCGCGGGCCUGGCGGCGGGGUCGGGCUGGAGAAGGGUCGCGGGACCCGGGGAGCGCGGCCUGGAGGACAACGAGGACGGGGUGCCCGGAGGCAACGGGACCGGCCCCGGCAUCUACAGCUACUGGGCGUGGACUUCAGGCGCUGGACCCACGCGCAGCCCUGGUCUCUGUCUCGUGCUGGGCGGCGCCCUCGGCGCCCUGGGGUUGCUGUGGCCCUAGGCCUGGCCGG